CUCAGAGCGGACCGAGCUCCCGGGCGGAGGAACGGACGGACAAUCGGUUGUGCCCGGCCAGAGCUGCUCCGGCCACCCUGCCCAGCGAUGGCUUUAUGCCUGAAACAGGUAUUCAACAAGGACAAGACAUUCCGGCCACGGAAGCGCUUUGAGCCGGGCACGGAACGCUUCGAGCUCUACAAGAAGGCGCAGGCCUCGCUGAAGUCCGGCCUGGACCUGCGGGCCGUGGUGCGGCUGCCCCCGGGCGAGAGCAUCAAUGACUGGCUGGCAGUGCACGUGGUCGACUUCUUUAAUCGCAUCAACCUCAUCUACGGCACGAUGGGCGAGUGCUGCACGGAGGCCAGCUGCCCCGUGAUGUCGGGCGGCCCGCGCUACGAGUACCGCUGGCAAGACGAACAACAGUACCGGCGACCCGCCAAGCUGCCCGCGCCCCGAUACAUGUCUCUGCUCAUGGACUGGAUCGAGGGUCUCAUCAACAACGAAGACGUCUUCCCCACCCAAGUGGGGGUGCCCUUCCCCAAGAACUUCCAGCAGGUGUGCACCAAGAUCCUGACACGUCUUUUCCGUGUCUUCGUCCAUGUUUACAUCCACCAUUUUGAUGGCAUCAUCGCGAUGGGUGCUGAGGCUCAUGUCAACACCUGCUACAAACAUUUCUAUUACUUUAUCCAGGAGUUCAGCCUGGUGGACCACCGGGAGCUGGAGCCCUUGAGAGAGAUGACCGAGAAGAUCUGCCACUGAGCCCCAACUGCCUGGGGAAGACGAUGACCUUUGGCCUGAGCUCCUGGGGCCUUGCAGGGGAAAGGCAGCCUCCCCCAUGACUGUGGCAGCUGCUCUCCUCCUCUGGCGCCCUUGCCCAGGCCCUCCAAAUACCAAUUCUCAUUCUCCAGAGUCCGCCCGCACUCUCUCCUGCUGCAAGGGGCCGGGAGGACGAGGCAGAAGGACAGACAGAAAGGAAAGGGACGUGCUUCAGAAAAUGCUGGGGGGAGGGUACCAUGAAUGGAAAUUUCCUGGGGGAGACCUGCCGUCCUCAGCCCAAGCUGGACGAGGCCCCUGAGCCGGACAAGACCUCACUGAGACUAUGCUGGGAGGGAAGGGGGAGCCCCAAAAAUGACCCCAAAGGUCCCUCUCCAGACCUCAAGAAGCCAUUUUCAGGGGAAUAACCACAAGGCUGCUAGCCAAGUGGGCCAUGCUUGCUUCUAGCCAAGAUCUCUGCAUUGUCGUCUGAGCCUGCUACUGCUUCUCUGUGGUCUUUGGGGAACCUGGAAGCUGCCCAUUGAGUGCCCUUACAAAGACUUCUUUGGGCAAAGCCAAUCUGGGCUCAUGAGGCGACUCUGAGACUGUCAAGGCGAGCUGUUCGGAUUGAGGAGAUCAUUCUUGGUUGGAUUUGGGCCCAGAGCUCACAGCGGAGCUGGCCCCUUUCUUAGGGAAAACCACUUUCCCAGGAUUCUUCGCUGCUUGAAGUUACCAGUUAGAGUGUGUGUCCCAGGUUCCUCCCCCGCAGUCUGGGUACUCCUGCGCACCCAUCCUUCACGUAUUCAAUGAAGACCCAGUAAGGUUGAAGGCGGAGAAAGAGUGAAUGGAAGAAGGGGCAGCUAGGUAGCCCGGUGGAUUGAGAGCCAAGUCUGUGUUCAAAUCUGGCCUCAGAUACUU